ACCACCUAAGUUUUUUCUAUUCAAAAAUCCAUUUCCUAUAUUUUUUUUAUUAUCAUAUUAUUAAGACUAUAUUAUAAGUUCAGAAGAAUAUGGGUUCCAUACUUAAAUAUGCUCUUUUUCUUGUGCUAGUACUCUUGCCUGCAUUAAUAUGUUGCUUAGAAGAGCCCAUCUUCCACUCGAAAGCAACCUAUUAUUAUGCUACUGAUGGGCUUGGAACUCCAAAGGGAGGAUGUGCAUAUGGUGAAUAUGGAAGAACUAUAAAUGAUGGAGAUGUAGCUCUUGUUACUUCCUCUAAACUUUACAAGGGCGGAGCUAGCUGUGGUGCAUGUUACAAGGUUAGGUGCAAAGAGGCAGAAUGCGCUGCGGAGGGAGUUGUGGUGGUGGUUACGGACUAUGGUGUGUCCGACGGCGACACAGAUUUGAUCUUAAGUACACAUGCAUUCAACAAAAUGGCAAUGCCUAAAUAUGAGAAAGAAUUGAGGGAUUAUGGUAAAGUUAACAUCGAAUACCAAAGAGUUGCUUGUCAAUAUCCUGGUAAAACCCUCACAAUUAAGGUGCUGGACCAUAGUCAUUUUCAUUCUUACUUGGCAUUACAAUUCUUGUACCUAGCAGGGAAUGCUGAUAUUACUGCUGUUGAAUUGUUUGAGGAAGAUACCCUAGAAUGGAAGAGAUGCCGGAGAGCCUAUGGAACAGUUUGGGACAUAGCUAAUCCACCAAAGGGUCCCUUAACAGUACGGUUCUUUUUGGAUGGAAGUGUUAAUGUCAGAGCAAGAUGGGUGUUGGUUCCAAAAGUGAUCCCUACUUUCUGGCAGGCUGGUGUUACUUAUGAUACUUCCAUUCAAUUUCACUAAAAGAGUAUUAUUAAUUGGUUGGGUUUUCCAGUUAAGAUCUAGCAUGAUUUCUAUGGAGCAACCCUAUUAAAUUAAUUAUUUAAAUGGUACACAUAUAUAGUUUCUCUGAUGUUCAUUAUUGUGUAGGAAACUUGGAGACAAUGUCAUAGUUUUUAAAGUAUUUAUAUUUCGGCUUAAAUAUUAUUCUUCUUGGGGGAUGCGGAGUGAUUCUAGUUGUUCUGCUAGAAGGUGUUUUUUUUUUCAUUUUUUGAAGUUAAUUAUAAGAAACUUUUGAUUUUUGUUUAA